CAUUCCCCACAACUCCAUUGUUUCGCACACCACAACCCCCCUCUCUCUUUCUAUCUCCUCUUUUCUUUCCCAAAACACCAUAUUCUCUCUCACUCGGACGAAAACCGCUUCUUCAAUUUUCUCUCUCCUCAAACAAAAUUCAAAAUCAAUGGAGUCCUCUUCCUCCUCCUACCAUGAAAUAGACUCCAUCAAAAUGGAGAAACAGAAAGCGAUGCGACGCUUUAGAACUUUCAAGAAGAUCGCUAACAUUGUUCGAACUCUUGAAAUCGUCGUCGCAGUUACGGUCAUCUCGUACUCUAUCUCCUUCACAACUUCGCAUUUACCGGCCGCGGUUAAAGUCGCCGGCGGUUUUUUUCGGCGGCUUUCCUCUCUCCUUUUCAGUCCUCACUUCGUCUUCCUUGUUGGUAACGUCAUCAUUAUCACUCUCUUCGCUAAAUCCUCCGCCGACAAAACCUCCUCCGAUAAUGUCGGAGAUGAAAUUUCUUCCGAAAAAUUCGCUGAGAUUGCUACAGACGGAAUCUCCGGCGAGAAAAUUUCGUCGGCUGAUGUCGGUGACGAAAUCACUACCGAGGCAGAGAAUAUCGUUUGCGAGUCUCCGGCGGUGGUGGAGAAGAGUGAGGAGAGAGAAUCCGAGGAGAAGGUUUACAGGAGGACGAAAUCGACGUCGGAGAUGGUUGUUAUGAAGGAGGAAAAGAAGGAGCUACGACGAUCGGAGACGGCAGUUCGUCGAAAAAUCGAGAAAUCGCCUCUGAAUAACCGGAAAUUUGAAGUUGAUGAGUUGAGCAACGAUGAGUUCAACAGGAAAAUUGAAGCAUUCAUUGAGAAGCAGCAGAGAUUCUUAAGAGAAGAGAAAUUGGCUGUGGUUUUGAGUAAUUAAUAAUAAAUAGUGAGUAAUUAGCCGUAAUUAAUCUAUGUUAAUUACGGUUUAAUAUUUGAGAGCAGAGGAAAAAACAGAGUAUGGUACUGGUAGGAAGUGUUAGUUUUUCGACACUUUCUUUCCUUUGUGAUGUACAGCUUUAGGCGGUAAGUGAUAGUAUGAUCGAAAAUAUCAAAAUUAACUGUGUUAAUGUUAAUGUUACUGUUAAAAAUUAAAAGUAUUAGCAACCUUGUUCUUGAAGUUAUGUGAUGUAAUUAAAGUUCAAUGGUGUUUCAAGUCAAAUUUGUCCAGGAUUUUAAGUCAAAUAAUUAUUUGAAAAGAAUAGUUUUUUUUUUAUGAAA